CGACACAUUCACCACUGCGCCGCACCAACCCGCGAUCCGGACACUGCCCUACGCCUUCUACUGAGACAGCAGAUCGUCCGUCCAUUCGAUCACUGGAAAGGUUUCUGCUGCCUGCCAUAGUCGCUAGAGCCUCCGCAGCGCAGCUCACGCGGACGACACCUCUUGAACGUCAUUGAUCGCAGCUACCCUACCUUCGUUUUUGGCCAGGCCAAACUCCGGAAUCAUGUCGUCAAAGAAGAAGGUCCUCCUCAAGGUCAUUAUCCUUGGCGAUAGCGGGGUGGGAAAGACCAGCUUGAUGAACCAAUAUGUCAACAAGAAGUUCAGCGCUAGCUACAAGGCUACGAUAGGCGCCGACUUCCUCACGAAGGAGGUUGUGAUGGACGACGACCGCGUGGUGACAUUACAGCUUUGGGACACCGCCGGCCAGGAGCGAUUCCAGUCGCUGGGCGUUGCGUUCUACCGUGGUGCUGACUGCUGCGUUCUUGUCUACGAUGUCAACAACUCCAAGAGUUUCGAAACUCUAGAAAGCUGGAGGGACGAGUUCUUAGUACAGGCGAGCCCAAUGGAUCCCGAGAGCUUUCCCUUCGUCGUCAUCGGGAACAAGGUUGAUGUCGAGGAGAGUAGACGCAUGAUAUCUUCGAAGCGGGCCAUGACUUUCUGUCAGUCCAAAGGUGGCCUCUCGUAUUUCGAGACUAGCGCAAAGGAGGCCUUGAACGUAGAGGAGGCAUUUUCAGCUAUCGCGAAACAGGCUUUGGCCCAAGAAGAAGCGGGAGACUUCAACUCCGACUUCCCCGAGACUAUCCCAAUCGAUUUGAAGAAUGACCGCGACGGUUGCGCGUGCUAGAUGGCAUGAGAUGCAGCGUUCUUCUUGUGUUUCGUACCGGUACAUUGGUCUUGUUUCCACCAUACCAUAGGAGUUUGUGGCUUGCGAGGGUUCUUGAAUGUUCAUGGGCGUCUUUGGCUUUGACAGGGCAAGAUCAGUAUAUUUCCGUCCUCCUUCAGUCGCGUGUUACAGUAGCGAUGUAGAUAAGCGUCUAGAUACAAAGAGACCGUAAUACUGCA